AUGUUCUUGAAGGAUUAUCGAUUAACAAAGCCGAGUCGCGCCGAAUUCGGUAGUCAAAAUGCAUUCUUCUCCGAUGUAAUUCCAGCUCCGAUGGUGGCUCAUGAUUUGAAUUCAAGUCAGAAUCUAAACUCUGUGAUAGAUACCAUGGGAAUUUUAGGUGUGCAAUCUAUGAUUGAUUGUGCGAGUUUUACGGAUAAACACAUGAAUAAGGUGAAUCUGGUGAAAAAUAUUGGCAUUGAUGUUCAUAGUUUGGAUACUAAUUAUGAUGAGCUGAACGAUGAUGAGGAUGUAAUGAUUUCUAGAGGGGAUAGGGGACCCAAUAUUUAG